AUGAGUACAAAGCAGCCUUUCUUCCUUCCUGCCUCAUCUCCAUCCUUCCUGCCUUGUCUCUGUCCUGGUAAACACCUCAGCCUUCCAUCCUUCCUGCCUCAUCUCCCUUCCUGCCUUGUCUCUGUUCCAGUAAACCCCUCAGCCUUCCGUCCUUCCUGCCUUGUCUCCAUCCUUCCUGCCUCGUCUCUGUCCUGCCUUCCACCCUUCCUGCCUUGUCUCCAUCCUUCCUGCCUCGUCUCUGUCCUGGUAAACCCCUCAGCCUUCCAUCCUUCCUGCCUUUUCUCUGUCCUGGUAAACCCCUCAGCCUUCCAUCCUUCCUGCCUCAUCUCUGUCCUGGUAAACCCCUCAGCCUUCCAUCCUUCCUGCCUUUUCUCUGUCCUGGUAAACCCCUCAGCCUUCCAUCCUUCCUGCCUUUUCUCUGUCCUGCCUUCCACCCUUCCUGCCUUGUCUCCAUCCUUCCUACCUCGUCUCUGUCCUGGUAAACCCCUCAGCCUUCCAUCCUUCCUGCCUUUUCUCUGUCCUGGUAAACCCCUCAGCCUUCCAUCCUUCCUGCCUCGUCUCUGUCCUGGUAAACCCCUCAGCCUUCCAUCCUUCCUGCCUUUUCUCUGUCCUGGUAAACCCCUCAGCCUUCCAUCCUUCCUGCCUUUUCUCUGUCCUGGUAAACCCCUCAGCCUUCCAUCCUUCCUGCCUUUUCUCUGUCCUGGUAAAAGCCUCAGCCUUCCAUCCAUCCUGCCUCAUCUCCCUUCCUGCCUUGUCCCUGUUCUGGUAAACCCCUCAGCCUUCUAUCCUUCCUGCUUUGUCUCCAUCCUUCCUGCCUCGUCUCUGUCCUGGUAA